AUGGCGCUCUUCUACUCCUUUUUCAAGUCCCUUGUGGGCAAGGACGUGGUGGUGGAGCUCAAGAAUGACCUGAGCAUCUGUGGAACCCUCCAUUCUGUGGAUCAGUAUCUCAACAUCAAACUAACUGACAUCAGUGUCACAGACCCUGAGAAAUAUCCUCACAUGUUAUCAGUGAAGAACUGCUUCAUCCGGGGUUCAGUGGUCCGCUAUGUGCAGUUGCCAGCAGAUGAGGUUGACACACAGUUGCUACAGGAUGCGGCAAGGAAAGAAGCCCUGCAGCAGAAACAGUGAUGGCAGCUCUCCUCUUCCCCUCCCUCUUCCGUUGGUGACCCAUAACCUCAUUCCCAGCUCGGGACUCCUCCCCCCAAUACUCGAGGUGGUUUUUUAAAAUAGUGAUGGCUCUUUUUUUCCCCCCAAAGGAUGAGUGGAUGAGAGGAAUAAUAGUGGGGAGCCGCUACCCUCUGUUGAGAAGAGGAGGAUGAGUAGGCUGGGGAACUGAAAAGCUUUCCCGUCCCCAGCGCUUGCUUUUCUCACUCCUUUCUGGAGAUAUGGUGGGAGAGUUCCUAGGUCGUUCCAGGGCAGCAUGGGAUUCAUUUUGGGGAUGGAAGGAAUCUGUCCCGCAUCGGGAAUAAAAUUUAUGAUGCAAAUUUGA